GUGGUCACAGAGGAAAAUAUACAGUCUGGUCUUGCACCUGUAGCUGCUUUUGAUGAUUUUCAGAGAGCGCUGCAAGGACCAUUAUUUGCAUACAUCCACGAGUUUCGUUUUCUGCCUCCUCCCCUAUAUUCGGAACCUGGACUUUACCUGCAUAUGCACAUGCUCAGAAUUGUCCUAGUAGGCUGAUCAUGUAUCACCUCUUCAACUUGGAUCCUAUUGUGGAUUUAUUUACAAACAUCACAUGCCUUCAAAGUCAAUCCUUGCUGUAUGUUUUGCAGCUGGCUGUAGUAGACAAGCAACAGAUAUAUGGGGGGGGGAGGGGGAAGAGAUAACACAAGGAAACUAAUAAGAGACUUUGUCAAGAUUGUAUACCUUCUUGAUUUCUUUUAAUAAUUUUUUACCUUUCUACUAUUAUUGCAAAACAAUGUUUUGUUGUCGGCUACCUAAAGAUCACUUAAUCUCAGGUGAAUUCAUCACUUGCCAAGCUGUUAGAAUGCUAUUUGUUUUGUUAUGUUGCACUGUUAUUUAUACUGGUUUGUGUUUGUGUUUUGAUUUUGUUCUUUGAGGGGGAUUUUGAAUAGGGACAUGCAUAAAACUUACAAAGUGAAAGCAACACCAGCAGAUACUAGCAAAGUGUGUAAAGAACUUUAAAAGGGGAUAGUCAUAUGCUGUUCAGGGUUCAUGGGCAGAGAUAUCUUAACUAUUAGGUAUGGGAAGGAGAAGGUUUGUUUGGUUUGCAUUGGUUUUUAUUUAAAUAAUAUGUGGUUACCUAAUCACAAAAAAUUAUAUAUAAAAUGAGUCUCCAGUAGAAAGUAUAGUUCAGAUUGCAAGAAAAGUCUGAACUAUGGCAACUAAGCAGCAGCUCAGUUUGCGUGUUUUGUAUUAUCUUCAGGGUUUAUGAUACUCUGUCAUAGAAUCAUAGAAUACCAGGUUGGAAGGGACCUCAAGGAUCAUCUGGUCCAACCUUUCUUGGCAAAAGCACGGUCUAGACAAGAUGGCCCAGUACACCUAAAAAGUGUCCAAUUUUGGGGAAUCCCACACUCUCCUGGGGAGAUUAUUCCAAUGGCUGAUUGUUCUUAUUGUGAAAAAUUGUCCUCUCGUGUCCAAUCAGAAUCUCCCCAGGAGUAACUUGUACCCAUUACCCCUUGUCUUUUCCAUGUAACUCCUUGUCAAAAGAAAGUCUCCAUCUUCUUUGAAACCACCCUUUAAAUACUGGAACAUGGUGAUAAGAUCUCCCCUAAACCUUCGUUUCUCGUGGCUUAACAAACCCACUUCUCUCAGCCUUUCUUCACAUGGUGGUCUUCCCAGUCCUUGGAUCAUCUUUGUGGCCUCUGUACCCUAUCCAGCCUGUCCACAUCCUGUUUGCAUAGCAGGGACCAAAACUGAACACAGUAUUCCAGGUGAGGCCUAACAAACACUGAGUGGGAGAGUGACUUCUUUAUCUCUGCUGGUGAUGCCCUUGUUGAUGCAACCCAGCAUCCUGUUGGCUUUCUUUGCUGCAGCAGCAUACUGUUCACUCAUAUUCGGCUUGUUGUCCACCAAGACCCCCAGGUAGAUCCCAACCUGUGCUAUAUUCCUGGAUUAUAUUUUCUGAGGUGAGUCUUUGUUGAACUUCAUAAGGUUCUUGUUAGCACACUCUUCCAGCCUAUCCAGGUCUUUCUGCAAGGUUGAUCUUGCUUCUGAAGUGUCCACUUCUCCACUCAGUUUGAUAUCAUUGGUGAGCUUUGUCAGAGUACACUUGAUCCCAUCAUCCAGAUCACUUGUGAAGAUAUUAAACAGUGUCAGACCCAGUAUCAAUCCAUGGGGGACUACACUUGUGAAAGAUUGCCAGUUUGAAAAGGAGCUAUUUACCACCAUCCUCUGGGUGUAAUCUGUCAGCCAGUUCCCCACCCACUGUACAGACUACUUGUCUAGACCAUAACACAUCAUUUUCUCUAGGAGGAGGCUGUGGGAAAUCGCAUCGAAAGCCUUGGAGAAAUCCAGGUAGACAAUGUCCACCACAUAACUGAGCAGGUUGCUUUGUCAUAGAAGGUGAUCAGGUUUGUCAAGCAUGAUUUGCCCUUCGUGAAUCCAUGCUAGCUUUUCCCAAUCCCAUGCUUCAUUUGACUUCUGAUAGCCCCCAGGAAGAUUUGUUCAAUAACUUUCCCAGGGACUGAAGUAAGCCUGAUGGACCUAUAGUCUCCUGGAUCCUCCUUUAAUCCCUUCUUGUAGAUAGGGGUGAUAUUAACCUUAUUCCAGUCUCCUGGGAAGUCCUCUGUUCUCUAUGACUUCUCAAAGAUUAUGGAGAGCAACCUUGCAAUGACAUCAGCCAGCUCUCUUAACACCUUUGGGUAGAUAUUGUCAGGGUCUAUCGAUUUGUAGGGGUCAAGCUCCUGUAACAGUUCACAUACUUUCUUCAUUGACAGUAGGUCUGUCUUUGCAUCAACCUGGAUUUUUUGUUCCUAAGGCCUGGGGCCCACUGGUGUUGGGUGAAGAAGAAGACAGAGGUUAAGAAAGUGCUGAGAAUCUCUGCCUUUUCAGCAUUGUUGGUGACUGAUUAAUCUCUCCAGUUUAACACCAGGCCAAUAUUUUCCUUCUGUUUCUGAUUUUUUACAUACCCAAAGAACCCUUUCUUGUGGUUUUUGACAUCUCUGUCCAAUUUCAAUUUGAGCUGAACUUUUGCUUUUCUAACUGCUUCUCUGCAUGCCCUGGCAGUGCCUUUGUAGUAUUCAACAGGUAUGCCUCUGCUUUUCCAUCUCUGGUAUGCUUCUCUUGGUUUUGAGCAGACUCAGAGGCUUGCAGUUAAGCCAGGGGAGUCUCUUGCUCUGCCUACUUCUUUUACCUUUAAAGGGGAUUAAUUGCUUUUGUGCUUCCAGGGAAGCAUUCUUGGAAAAACUCCCAGCCCUCACUAGCACCUUUAUUGUCCAUGGAAGCUUCCCAUGGAACCCCUCUCAACUGAGCUCUGAGCAAGCUGAAGUUUGCUCUUCUAAAAUCUAAAACUUUAGUCUUAAUACUAACCUUUAGCAUGCUCAGCUGGCUCCCUAACUCUGCAAUAUUGUGAACACUGCAGCCAAGGCUAUCACUAAGUGAGAUAUUACAGAGCAGGUUUUCUUGGUUUGUGAGUAACAAGUCUGCCAGUGCCUCAUUUCAGCUUGGCACAUCUAACAUUUGUGUGAGAAAACAGUCCUCUGUGCAUUCCAGGAACUUGAUGGCUGAUAUGUGAGCUGCUCUACUGUUCUUCCAACAAAUGUCUGGGUAAUUGAAGUCACCUAUAAGAACCACGCUCUGUUGACCCGAAGCUUACUUAAGUGACCCAAAUAUUGCUCCAUUGGUCUUAUUGUCUUGGUUUGGAGGCCAGUAGCUGACUGUAAAAAUAGUAAGACUAAACCAAUUAUAAAACUGGACCAGAGUAUCAGUGUUAUCAGCCAUACUCAAAUUCUUUUGCGGAGAAUUGCUCUGAUUGUUUCCUGGGCUAGUCCUGAGAGCUUUAAAACAAACAAUUUAUAACAAAAAUUUUCCAUUUUAGGGCCAGUUCUCUUCAACAUCUUCAUAAACGACUUGGAUGCAGGACUCGAAGGUAUACUAAAAUGGGAAGAGCUGUUGACUCCCUCGAUGGCAGGGAGGCCCUGCAGAGAGACCUAGACAAAUUAGAGGGCUGGGCAAUCACCAACCAUAUGAAGUUCAACAAAGGCAAGUGCCGGAUUCUGAACCUGGGAUGGGGCAAUCCUGGAUGUACAUACAGACUGGGGGAACAAGAGUCUGGAGAGCAGCUCUACAGAAAAUGACCUGGGGGUCCUGGUCAAUGGCAAGUUGAAUAUGAGUCAGCAGUGUGCCCCUGCACCCAGGAGGGCCAACCAUGUCCUAGGGUGCAUCAGUCAAACCAUCACCAGCUGGUCAAGGGAGGGGAUUGUCCUGCUCUGCUCUGCACUGGUGCGGCCUCCCCUUGAAUAUUCUGUGCAGUUUUGGUCACUGCAAUAUACGAAAGAUACUAAGCUAUCAGAGAAUAUCCAAAGAAGGUCUGUGAAGAUGGUGAAGGGCCUUGAGGGGAAACUGUAUGAAGAGUGGCUGAGGUCACUUGGUUUGUUCAGCCUGGAGGAGACUGAUGGGAGACCUCAUAGCACUCUACAACUUCCUCAUGAGGGGAAGCGGAGGGGCAGGCAUUUAUGUCUUCAUUCUGGUGACCAGUGACAGAACCUAAGGGAAUGGCCUGAAGUUGUGUCAGGGGAGGUUUAGGUUGGAUAUUAGAAAGAGAUUCUUCACUCAGAGGGUGGUUGGGCACUGGAACAGGCUCCCCAGGGCAGUGGUCACAGCACCAAGCCUGACAGAGUUCAAGAAGCAAUUGGAUGAUACUCUCAGGCACAUGGUGUGAUUCUUGGGGUGUCCUGUGCAGGACCAGGAGUUGGACUCUGAUGAUCUUUGUGGGUCCCAUCCAACUGAAGAUAUUCUGUGAUUCUAUGAAACAAACAAAAAAUCGAACAACUUUAAACAUACAUUCAUCUAGAAUGUGAGAAAUUAUAUAGAAAAAGCACUGACCCCUUGAACAUAUCCUAAAGAAGAAAAGAAUGAUGGAGCCAUAGAUCUGAUCAGUGGUUUUUAUACUAGAGAUUUGUAAACAUAAAUUUUCUUUUCAGAAAUAAUAUAAAUAAACAACAACAACAAACAAACAAAACCCCACAAAAAACAGCAACAAAGACUAUUAUCUGAGACGUCUGAUGUUGACUACUUAAAAACUAAGUUAUCAUGUGUAUCCUUGUGCAAUGAAACAGUACAGAAGGGAGGGGGAGAGGGAAAGCUGAUGUUUCUGUAUUGUGCUCAUUCUUACAAAGUUAUACCUUAUUUUUAAGGCUUCAUAAAUAUAGUAAAAUAGGCUAUUCCAUAAGUGGCCUUUAUGAGAACAUGAAAGAUAUUUCAUGUUUCAAAAAUGAUGACAGGGUGAUUAAAAUGAGAUUCACAUCUUAAGUGAUUCAGUUCAAAUGUUUGGUCUUUGAUAAGCAAGAAUUGGAAAUUGGGUGAUGGCUUAUGCUGCCAGUUUUGUGACUGUCCUUUCCUUCAAUUCUCUCCAAUCAGACAAAAUUUUAAAUGUUAAGAUUGUUGGCAUAAAAAAGCAUUUGUUGAUUUUUUUUUUCUUUUUUGUUAACAGACAAGGGAACAAUUGUUGAUAUACAUAGCAUUGAAGUACUUAUCCCAGUAUAAUGGAAAAACUAUAUAUGAAACAAAAUUGACCAAUGUCAUAAUUGAUGUUGCCUCACAGGCUGUGAUCAGAGUGAAAAAUUCUAAAACCUUAUCAAAUAAAGAUUUCCCACUUAAACUUGUUAUUAGUUGUUCAGAGGCAUUAUAGGGUCAUAGUUGUAGCCCAAUAUUUGAUAUAGAAUCUUGAUCUGAAUUAGGAAAAAGUAAAAUCUAAGCAUUAGAAAAACAAAGUGCAAUAUUGAAUGUUUGCUUUAUAGAUUAAAUUCUAUGGCUGUUUGGGUUUUGGUUGGGGAUUUUUGUUUGAUUUUUUUGUUGUGUUUCUUUUUUUAAAUUAACUUUGGGUGCUGAAUAUGUCCUUAUGGACUUUGUUUUAAGAAAACUAUGUGGAAAACAAUUUAAUUUUUUCUAUUGUUCUUCCUUGUGGAAAAUAAACUUUUUUCUUCUUUUGUUUAAAUGCUUUAAAAUGCAUUAACUGUAAGUUGUAAGAUUGUUUGUGAUUUAAACAUUUAAUGUGUGUCUUUGUGUAAAAUAAUAGCCAUAAGGAUCAAAUUACUAUUAUAAAAAACAUAUGCUGUGUAUCAACUACAUAGGGAAAAACUAUUUCUGGAGCUACACCACUGAUUAGUACAAGAGCUACGUUUCAGCACCUUCAGUUCCUUUGUCUCUUUUAUAUCAAUGGUUUCCUAGGGCUAGGUUUCAGCUGGGAAGCUACAAUACAGUCUCCUACACUUAGAAAAUACCAAUAACUUACAGGAUAUUAAUGUCUUUUCAGGACAAUGCUUAAAAAUGGUGACCUCUGUUCAAGUUAUUUAGUGUUUUCCAGUACAUAUAGUGGGGGUAGGGAUUGCACAUUUUGGUUUGAUCUAACUCCUUGUAUAAUGCAAGCAGUAGACUUCCUGAAUGUGUGAAUUCUUGUGUCAAAUAAAGCAUUUUGAAUUAAUUUUGAAUUUGUAACUGCCAACUAUGGAGAAACCAGAAAAAUCUUUUAGGGGGGGUUGCCUGUUAAUAACACUGUUAGUCAUUUGUGCUUGAGUUUUGAUUGAAACUAAUAGGAAAUAUAAAAAAUAAGGUUGUCUCUCAUUAUGAUUAUAUACUCAGAACUCCUUUAUAGCUGAGUGAAAAUGACUGGAAUAUUUUUUUUCUAAUAACAGCUGUCAUAGUUCUGAUUUUACAUUUUCCCUUUGGUUCCAAUACAAUGGCCUCUGAGAAAUUUAAACUCUCUUUAGAUGUAAGAGACAUUUUAUAUUUGGGGCUUCUCGUGCAAGGUGUCAUAUCUAUUGCCACGGUGUCAUAUCUAAUAUUCGUAGUUAGGCCCAGGAUUUACCAGGAACGGGCACAGAAACCAGCCCCAGGGGUGGAAAACCUCGAAUGGCAUGGGUCAUGGGAGGACCUGGGUAAAUUUCUAGAAAGUGGUUCAGUUCCUACAACAUGGAAGUUCACUCUCGAACAACUCCUAAACCCUGCACAGAUAAUAACAGCUGUGAGGGAGAGAGGUCGUGGUAAACCCAUAGAGAGGCAGGUGGUAGAUGCAUGUGGGGCUUUAGCCGUUGCCUACAAAAAGGUGCUCGGUAUGGUGCAGCCCUCACAGGGAAAAGGAAAAGAUGAAAGCGAGAGGUCUGAUACAAGGGUGACUCCAGAUAAGGCUAGUUCCAAGGAACCAAACAAGUCAAUGGAGGUUACCCCUAUCCAAAAGAGGAAAUAUAAGACCAAAUCAACCCGCCCAGUAGAUGAUGAUGGGGAGGCAGGACCCUCACAGGCAGCCAACCCGGAGCCAGAAAUCAUCACUGAGUCCUUAUCGUAUGACAACCUCCGGAAAUUAUGGGCAGAUGUUAUUCGUCACCCGAAUGAGCCCAUACUGACCUGGAUGAUCCGAGUCUGGGACUCCACAGGUGAUGCCAUAAACCUUGAUGGCAGUGAAGCAAGGUUCUUGAGGUCUAUUGCCCAGGAUGUGGGCAUUGAAGAGGCAUUUGUGAGAGAAUCAAAGCCCCUGUCUCUCUGGGCACGGUUGCUGGACGCUGUGAGAGAGAGGUUCGUUUACAGAGAGGCUUUGCAGGCAGACCAUUUUGUGAAGAACUGGAAUACCAUGGAGGAGGGGAUCCGACGCCUAAGGGAAAUGGCACUGUUGGAGGUACUGUUUGGAAGGGAUAUGCAAGCUAAUCACGAUCCUGACAAGGUUAGAUGUACACCAACCAUGUGGUGGACCUUCAUACGUAUGGGGCCAUCUGCACACGUCAGUUACUUGACAUUAUUGGAGGCUGGGGAAAAGAGUGAGCCAGUGGCGUUUAUAGUAAAUAAACUUCAGAUGUACGACAGUAUGGUCCAAGGAUCACUACAAGCCCGCGUUUCCUCCGUGGAGACUUCAAUCAAUAACCUCACUACCAUAGCUACAAAAUUACAAGAUCAACAGGAGAAAAUCCUAGAAAAGAUUGAGAGAAACAACUCCCAGGUGGCACCAGUGAGUACUGGGCGCCCCCCAGCUAGAGAGGGUAGACAGACCUCACGAACCGAGUUGUGGUAUUUCCUAUCUGGCCAUGGAGAAGACAUGAGACAGUGGGACAGGAAACCUACCCAUGUCUUGGCAGCCCGAGUACAAGAGUUGAAGGACCAGAGAAAAACAAAGUCCGUGAAAGUGAGUGCAGUGCCAGUAUCCCGUGGGCAGGGAUCUGACCCACUAGAAGGUACCUCCCGCCGGUAUUUGCAGACGGAAAACUGUGACGAGCAGGAUAGAGACCAGUAUUAGAGGGGCCCUGCCUCUAGCCAGGUAGAGGCACGGGACAACCGUGUCUAUUGGACGGUGUGGAUCCAAUGGCCUGGCACAUCAGACCCACAAGAAUAUAAGGCUUUGGUUGACACUGGCGCUCAAUGUACGUUAAUGCCCUCAGGACAUGUGGGACCAGAGGCUAUUUCCAUUUCUGGGGUAACAGGAGGGUCGCAGCAGUUGACCGUGCUGGAAGCUGAAGUGAGCUUGACCGGGAAGGAGUGGCAGAAACACCCCAUUGUGACUGGUCCAGAUGCCCCAUGUAUCCUGGGCAUUGACUACCUUAGGAAUGGGUAUUUCAAAGACCCCAAGGGACAUAGAUGGGCUUUUGGAAUAGCUGCUGUGGAGACAGAAGCUGCUAAGCAGUUGAAUUCACUACCUGGCCUCUCAGAGAACCCUUCUGCUGUGGGACUGUUGAAGGUUGAGGAACAGCGAGUGCCAAUUGCCACUACAAUAGUGCACCGUCGGCAGUACCGAACAAACCGAGACUCUGUGAUUCCCAUCCAUAAGAUGAUCCGUGAGCUGGAGAGCCAAGGAGUGAUCAGCAGGAUCCACUCCCCCUUCAACAGCCCCAUCUGGCCUGUGCGUAAGUCCGACGGAGAAUGGAGACUGACUGUGGACUAUCGUGGCCUGAAUGAAGCCACCCCGCCAUUGAGUGCUGCAGUUCCAGACAUGUUGGAGCUCCAGUACGAGCUGGAGUCUAAGGCAGCGAGGUGGUACGCCACUAUCGACAUUGCGAAUGCAUUCUUCUCCAUUCCCUUGGCAGCAGAGUGCAGGCCGCAGUUUGCUUUCACGUGGAGGGGCGUGCAGUACACGUGGAACCGACUGCCCCAGGGGUGGAAACACAGUCCCACCAUCUGCCACGGAUUGAUCCAGGCUACACUAGAGAAAGGUGAAGCCCCAGAACACCUGCAGUACAUUGAUGACAUCAUUGUAUGGGGGGACACAGCAGAAGAGGUCUCUGAGAAAGGAAAAAAGAUCAUACAGAUUCUCCUGGAAGCUGGGUUUGCCAUUAAAAAGAGUAAAGUCAAGGGACCUGCCCGAGAGAUCCAGUUCCUGGGAGUAAAGUGGCAAGAUGGACGUCGUCAAAUCCCGACUGAAGUCAUCGAUAAAAUCACAGCAAUGGCCCCACCAACUAGCAAGAAGGAAACACAAGCUUUCCUGGGUGCCAUAGGUUUUUGGAGAAUGCAUAUCCCCGAGUACAGCCAGAUCGUAAGCCCUCUCUAUCUGGUAACCCGCAAGAAGAAUGAUUUCCAGUGGGGUCCUGAACAACAGCAAGCAUUUGAACAGAUUAAACAGGAGAUUGCCCAUGCUGUAGCCCUUGGGCCAGUCAGGACAGGACCAGAUGUGAAGAAUGUGCUCUACUCUGCAUCUGGGGAUAAGGGCCUCUCCUGGAGCCUCUGGCAGAAGGUGCCUGGCGAGACCCGAGGCCGCCCACUUGGAUUCUGGAGCCGAAGCUACAGGGGAUCGGAAGCCAAUUACACUCCAACAGAAAAAGAGAUCCUAGCAGCUUAUGAGGGAGUACAAGCUGCCUCAGAGGUGAUUGGCACAGAAGAACAGCUCCUCCUGGCACCUCGGCUGCCAGUGUUGAGUUGGAUGUUCAAAGGGAAGACGCCCUCUACUCAUCAUGCCACUGAUGCCACCUGGAGCAAAUGGACCGCCCUGAUCACGCAGCGCGCCCGCAUUGGAAACCCAAAUCACCCUGGGAUCCUAGAAAUCAUCACGAACUGGCCGGAAGGUGAGGAUUUUAGUCUAGCAGAGGAAGAAGAAGGGGAGCAGGUGGUACGGGCAGAGGAAGUCCCAGCAUAUAACCAACUACCAGAAGAAGACAUACGCUAUGCACUCUUUACUGAUGGUUCCUGCCGUAUUGUAGGGAUGAAACGUAAAUGGGAAGCAGCCGUAUGGAGUCCCACACGACAAGUUGCAGAAGCUAUGGAAGGAGAGGGUGAAUCAAGCCAAUUCGCAGAGCUCAAAGCUGUCCAGUUGGCAUUGGACAUUGCUGAACGAGAGAAGUGGCCAAAACUUUACCUCUACACGGACUCAUGGAUGGUGGUCAAUGCCCUGUGGGGGUGGUUGGACAGAUGGAAGAAGACCAAUUGGAAACGUAGGGGAAAACCCAUCUGGGCCGCUGAUAUAUGGCAAGACAUUACUACCCGGGGAGAGAAACUGAUUGUGAGGGUCCGCCACGUAGACGCCCACGUGCCCAAAAAUCGAGCCAAUGAAGAACAUCGCAACAAUGAAUGGGCAGACCGAGCUGCACAAGUUGAGAUGUCACAGGUGGACCUAGACUGGCAGCACAAAGGUGAACUGUUCUUAGCACGAUGGGCUCAUGAUGCUGCCGGCCAUCAAGGCAGAGAUGCCACCUACAGAUGGGCAUGAGACUGAGGGGUGGAUCUAACCAUGGAUACUAUCUCUCAGGUUAUCCAUGACUGUGAGACAUGCGUUGCACCCCAUGGAGAAGUGACCCAUGGGACAGCAAUUUGGGAAGAACUGCUGCCUGAGGGAUGGACUCAUGCCAGAGAGGUCCAUCAAGGAAUAUCUCCCAUGGGAGGGACCCCACGGGAGCAGGGGAAGGACUCCUCUCCCUGAGCAGUGGCAGAAACAACAACUGACCGUAACCUUCAUUCCCCAUCCCCUUGCACCGCUAGGGGGAAUGAGGGAGAACACGGCAGGAGGGGUGGGGAGAAGGUGUUUUUAAGACUUUUUUAUUUCUCACUCUUUGGCUCUUAUCCUGUUAGUAAUAAAUUUAAGUACUAUCCCCACUUUGAGUCUGUUUUGCCUGUGAAGGUAAUCAGUAACUGACCUCUCCCAGCUGUUAAUCUCAACCCAUGAAUCCUUAGCUGUUUUUUUCUCUCUCCUUUGUCCAGUUGCAGAGGGAGAGUGAGAGAAUGGCUUUAGUGGAUACCUGGUAUCUGGCCAGGGUCAACCCACUACAGCAGGACAGCAACAUUCAUAAAAGUUCAGCUACAGAAUCAAAGAACAGAACAGAUAGAGUAAGCUUGGCUUUUGUCCAGUAAUUAAUUUUCUACAGGGACACUUCUUUGCUAACGUGAAUGCUGCUGAUUUGAACCAAAUCCCAUUAAUCGAACUAUACAGUUAUCUGUAACUCUGCAAAGAGUCAAGUAUCCCACGUAAAUUUUCAGUAGGCUCCUGUUACAAAAUGACAACUGCUCCUAGAAAUAUUGAUUUCACUGGAGAGUCCAACCUGACUCAUAGAGUCCAGUCACAGACUUUCCACAUUCCAUGGAUUUUGAACAGAAUCUUUUUCAGAGAUUCUCAGAACUUUAAGAGAUGCCAAGGACUUAUUCUUGCAUGACAGUUAAAAAAGAUUUUAUUUUUUUUCUAGUGAAAGCAAUAUACAAAGGCAUGUCAUCAGGCAUGUUUCACCUGCCCUCUGGAUGAUAUCCUUGAAAUAGGAAAAAAGUAAUCUAUUUGUUCUCCAAGUAAUUGUCACUCCCUGUCAGCUACAGCAUGCUGGUGGUGAAUGGUGCUGCAUCCAGUUGGCGGCCAGUCACUAGUGGUGUCCCCCAGGGAUCAGUGUUGGGCUCAGUCCUGUUUAAUAUCUUUAUUGAUGAUCUGGACGAGGGGAUUGAGUCUACUAUUAGCAAAUGGGGGGGAGUGUUAAUCUGCUGGAAGGCAGCAGGGCUCUGCAGAGGGACCUGGACAGGCUAGAUAGAUGGGAUGAAUCCAAAGGUAUGGGGUUUCAACAAGGGCAAGUGCCAGGUCCUGCACUUUAGCCACAACAACCCCCUGCAGCACUACAGGCUGGGGACAGAGCGGCUGGAGAGCAGCCAGGCAGAAAGGGACAUGGGGGUUCUGAUAGACAGGAAGCUGAACAUGAGCCAGCAGUGUGCCCAGGUGGCCAAGAAGGCCAAUGUCAUCCUGGCCUGUAUCAGGAUCAGUGUGCCCAGCAGGAGCAGGGAAGUGAUUCUUCCUCCCUACUCAGCAUUGGUGAGGCCGCACCUCAAGUACUGUAUCCAAGUCUGGGUCCCUCAAUUUAGAAAGGAUAUUGAGGUCCUGGAGCAGGUCCAAACAAGGGCAGCAAGGCUGGGGAAGGGACUGGAAGUCCUAUGAGGAACAGCUGAGGGAGUUGGGGUUGUUCAACCUGGAGAAGAGGAGGCUCAGGGGAGAUCUUAUCACUCUCUACAACUACCUGAAAGGAGGCUGUAUCCAGGUAGGGGUUGGUCUCUUCUCCCAGGCAACUAACAGUAGGACAAGAGGGCACAGUUUUAAUCUGUGACAGGGGAGGUUUAGGUUAGACAUUAGAAGUUCUUUACAGAGAGUGAUUGGACACUGGAAUGGGCUGCCCAGGGAUGUGGUAGAGUCACCGUCCCUGGAGGUGUUUAUGAAGAGACUGGAUGUGGCACUUAGUGCCAUGGUCUAGUAGAUGAGGUUGGUGUUAGGUCAAAGGUUGGACUCAAUUAUUUUAGAGGUCUUUUCCAACCUACUUUAUUCUGUGAUUCUAUGCUCUUUUUAGAGCUGCAUCUCCAUAUCUCUUGACCUAGUGGUAGCUUCUGAAUAGAUGCUAGAUGAUGCUGUGACAUGUUGAACAGUGUACCUUUAAUCCAGUUCAUAAGAUGAAAGAUUUGGAAUUUAGAAGGACAUUAUAUUUUGUUUCAAGCACCUUCCUAUAAAUGUUUGUCAUAUUUGGAUGAAAGGCAGUAAUUACAACAGUGAAGGUGAGACCGUGCAAUUUUUAAGGGGGCAGGAAUAUACAAUUACAAAAAAACCACAACAAUCCCCAAACUCACAUCCAGAAACUAAUAUUAAAGUGCAAAACCAGGUAUUAAGCAUUGUUUGCCUCUUCAGCAGUAUAGUCUGAUGCCUUAUACAAGAAAAACAAAAAUCUAAGAUGGUGAAUCACCGCACAUGACAGCACUGAGGUCUACCAUGAAAUCCCUCUACAGGUUCCCACUAAGAACAACAGAAGGAAUUACAAGGUGAAAAAUGAUUCCCCUCUUGUUCCUGUGCAUCAAACUAUUCUAAAGUAUGCCUUUGACUUGACUGCUCUUCAACAAAUAUUGGGAAUGGGACAAGUCACAACCUUUUAGCUGUUGAUUGAUUUAAUAAAUGUUCCAUCCAAAUGAUUUUAUGAGUGGGAUGUCAUUCAAUCUUUCUCCAAAGAGAUAUGGCACUUGUUUUCAACUGAAUAUAAUGGGAAAACAUAAGAGGAGGGAAAAUCACUACAAAAUCUAAUGUAUUUUUCAUUUUUAAAUGAAAAGUUAUGCAAUUAUCUAAAUAUAAACAAUCCCCUAGUGUCAUCAAAUUUCCUAGAAUCCAAAUAAAACUUCCCACUAAAGUUGUUCAUAUUAAUGUUCAAGACAAAUAUGUCAUGCUUGUCCAUCAGCUAACAAACAGAAUAUAAUAGAUUUUUCCAUGUUUCAUUCAGCUCUGUAGAAGAUACAAACCAUUUACUGGGUAAUGAUUUUAAUAAGUUUUUAUUAUUUGCAUCCUAGUUUUAGGGCCAAUUCUAAAUUAGUUGCAGUCUGUGAGGUUAAUUACUCCAUUUUUACUAGUUAACAUUGCCAAGUUCAGAAAACAGAUCAUCAUAAUGUAUCAAAGUGCACUGGGGGAGGUUAUGGAGCAGAUCAUCUUGAGUGCGAUCACAUGGCAUGUACAGGACAACCAGGGGAUCAGGACCAGUCAGCAUGGGUUUAGGAAAGGCAGGUCCUGCUUGACUGACCUUAUCUCCUUGUAUGACAAGGUAACCUACUUAGUGGAUGAAGGAAAGGCUGUGGAUGUUGGCUAUCUGGACUUUAGUAAAGCCUUUGGCACUGUCUCCCACAGCAUUCUCCUGGAGAAACUGACUGCUCAUGGCUUGGAUGGGCAUACU